GACAACCAAUGAGAACGCGCGUAGACGAAAACACAGCGUGGAGACCAGACAGAACCUGGGGAUUUAUUGAAAACAUGACAGCGGUUUGAUUUGUGUGCUGUAAAUAAGGAAGAACUGAAUGGAUUUAUGAGAGUGAUGGUAGAAAGGAAAGAAAGGGGAUUAGGGGAUUGUUGUGCACUUUAUCCCGGCUGUAUGUGCUCGAGGUGAAGGGGCGGUGUGAGCAGUUUACCGGCCGGUAUUUAGCCUUUGAGCUAGCAAGAAGCCAGAAGUUGUUGACUAAGCGAAUCUCUCGAGCGGUGUUUUAUUUUUUUAUAUCGAGUUUGUUUUUGUAAUUUUAAGUGAUAUAAUUAUGAGUGCCGUGGUGUAUGUUUUAUCCACGGUUACUGGCUAUGUCCUAACAUCUGCCUUGUUACUGAAAUGUCCUUCGUUGCUGCAUCGCAGGAAGCGCGAGACGUUCCGCAGCCGCCACAUCUCACACCGGGGCGGUGCAGGUGAGAACCUGGAGAACACCAUGGCAGCAUUCAGGCAUGCUGUAAAGCUUGGCACGGACAUGCUGGAGCUGGACUGUCAUUUGACCAAAGAUGAGCAGGUGGUGGUGUUGCAUGACUCCAACCUGAAGAGGUCAACUGGCGUUAGCGCCAACAUUUCAGAUGUUUCAUACGCCGAUCUUCCACCCUACUUGUGUAAGCUUGGUGUGACUUUCAAGCGAGAGUGCUUUGUUGAAGGAGGAGACGAUAAAAACAUCCCUCUGCUGAGAGACGUAUUCGAGGCUUUCCCACAGACCCCCAUUAACAUCGACAUCAAAGUCAACAAUGACACACUCAUCAGGAAGGUCUCUGAGCUGGUCGUUAAAUAUGAUCGGGAGCAGCUGACUGUAUGGGGUAACUCUCGUGGUGAGAUAGUUAAGAAAUGCCACAAAGAGAACCCCCGGAUCCCACUGCUGUUCAGUUUACCCAGAGUGCUGCUCCUCGUGGGGCUUUUCUACACUGGCCUCCUGCCGUUUGUUCCCAUAAAGGAGCAGUUCUUGGAGAUCCCCAUGCCUUCUAUUACUCUCAAACUUCGAGACCCCAAGAAGAUGACACGGAGUGAACGCUUCAUCACUUGGGUGGCAGACACCCUCCUUAUGAGAAAAACUCUGUUUGACCAUCUAACAGCUCGGGGAAUACAGGUAUAUGUAUGGGUGUUGAAUGACGAGGAAGACUUUAAACGCGCAUUUGAUCUCGGGGCCACCGGUGUGAUGACCGACUACCCCACCAAGCUCAAAGAGUUCAUGGAGAACAGCAUCCCUUCUACAUCCCUUCUCGAAUGACUUGUGCAGGGAGAAGCAGCUAUUUAUUUUUCCACCUUUCCGUGUGGCUUGGAAUAUCCUGCACUCAUGUUUUUACACAACAGCAUCUGCUUGUGUAACAGAAGAUAGUAGUGUGCUGACCACUUUUGAACCAAAAGUGAUAGUUAUAUAAUAAUAUCGAAUCGUUAUAAGGCCAUAAUAGAUAUCUUUCGUUUAAACAGUAGCACAAAUGCCAUCCAUAGCACAAAUGUAGAGUCAGGUUUAUAGCUGUUUAUUACCGUGGCUUUGUUUACACAGGUGGUACUAUUUCCGUAACACACUUCGAAAUAUAACGAAAUCCAGAGAAUAUUUAUUAGUCCAUCAUCCUUAAUGUAUAAUUCAAAAGAACACUGUUUAAAUUACCAAAUCUGUUUAUCGCUACACUACUCCCUUUUGUGCUGCAAGUGGCCAAAGUGAUACUGAUACACUCUUAAAGGGAAAUCAGGGGGAGGUAAAACCAGUAUUAUAAAUACAGGGCAGUUCUGGCAUAUGGGUAACACAGGAGUAAAGCAGCCUUUCAUAGCCAGUAUCAAAUGCAGCCAUUAAAACACUACACUUCUUAGCAGCAAAUAACCACUAUAAGUAAACCUGCCUCUUAUGUUUACAAAAAAAAAUGCUUUAGUCCACGAGCACGUCUUAUCAGGAAUCAGUGACUGAACAAAUUAUGUUAUGUAAGAUUAUUUUAAGUAAUACUAUUUCUUUUACAGUUCCUCAUUAUGUUUAGCUCGUGAAAUGGUUUAAUAUAGUAUAUAUAUAUAUAUAUAUAUAUAUAUAUAUAUAUAUAUAUAUAUAUAUAUAUAUAUAUAUCUCAUGAAAGUGCAGUGAUAUGACCAAGCACCUCACUGCCUAUUCUAUUUGUUCUGAUCACAUGUACUAGAGGAAAACUCCAGCAUUCGUUAACCCAAUCUCUAUUCGCUGUAUAUGCGAGUGAGUAGAGUCGCCAUAGACAACGAUUCAGUGGGCAAAUACUAAUUUAAUCACUUGGUGCAUUUUUCAUACCGUAACUUGAGUUCUUCAAUUCGAUUUCAAACAUUUCAAAUAAGAUUAUUUGUGAUUUAGACAUCAAUAUAUGCCUCAGAUAAUCAAGCGUAAAUGGACAUUAGGUUGAAAAACAGCUGGGACAUUCCUUUUAAUAGACAUACAGUAUGAGACGCUAUUGGGCAUUUUAUGUGUUAACUCAUAGCCUGGGUUAAUGUUUAAAUAAUGUUCCUAGAUAAUAGUCCAGUGUCUCUUACACAUAUGAGAAGCCAUAUAAAUCCAUUACAGGAUUGUAUAAUGUGAAAUGAGUGUUGCUCUCAAGUCACGGUUUGUGCUCUGUGUUUCAGGAGUGUAUUUUCCUACAAUCAUCCUAAAUCUAUACUAUGAGAGAGCAGCUUUUCAAUGAACCCCUUUUUUUGUGUGAGUUAUAAGCAUUCUUUGGCCGAGAUCGCUUGGGAUACAGGAAUUAUAAAGGCAGAUUGGACUGAAGGCGUAUACAGUAGGAGAAGCUACAAGUAGAUGGCAUUAUAGUACACUGCAGUCUUGCAUGAUGCAUUAAUAAUUCACUCUGUUCAAUUAAAGAAAAUGAUCAGCAGCUACACAUUCCAAAUUGAAUGUGUUUUCAGUUUAAAGCCAUAUUAAAUAAAUGUCAGUGCAAUCUUAAACUUUAUAUCAUAUAUAUGUGCGUGUGUUACAUGCCAGGAAAAGGGGCAUCAGCAAGAAAUGUAGGUAUAAUUGUUAGGCAAGUGUCUAUUAUUAUAUAACAAUUCUAUACAAAUAUUAUUUAAAAUCUUUUAAAUAAAGAAGCAAACAAUGAGCUCAAUGCUGGUUAUAUUUUAAACAGUAUAUUUACUUUGUUUAUUUUGUUUGUGGACCUGCUGUUUCUUUUAUACAUUAAUUGUUUGUGUAUAUAUUGUAAUUAUUUAACAAUGAAUAUAUUCAUGGGUCUAUUGAAGAAUAUACUGCCUUUAUUGUGGUCUUUUAUUUUUGUCAUUAUAGAUCAGUAGUGAUUUGGAAAUCUUUUAUCAAUGAUAUUUUGAGUGAAGCCAGUUAUAUUGCACAGCAUCCUUGAGAUCUUGUGAUGAAAAUGUGAUGGUUCAUUUUGUGAUGAAAUUCGUCUUGUAUAUGGCGCCACCUAUGGGAUAGAGCAAGAAUCGGGGUUUUUUUUGUUUGUUUUUAAAGGUAACUUUUGACUGCAGGGUAAUUUAAGUUAUAAAUAUAGCAAUUAAGUAGGUCUUACUUUCCAAUCAUUCAGUCUGUGUUGUGUUGUAUUGUUUUAUCCUUGUAGGCAAAUUGUUUGGUGAGAUUCAUCUCUAGCUGUAUACACACCACAAUCUUCAACGUCAUCAGCAAAUAAAAAAGAUUCAAAUCUUA